UAUAUUUAUCCGUGGUAGUGUACUAGUGUGGUUUUAAGUUUCAACUAGUUUCAAGUUUCAACAAUAAACYGUAACCGUGACGACAGUGACGAACUCACGAACUGGCGAAUGACGAUCAACUGUUAAAASUUCAUGAAUCAUUAAAUCAAGGAAUUCUGUUGUUUUUAGAGACAAAUGACAAUACAAUAGUAUAAUAUUCUCAGUUAAUUCCUGAAUUAAACCKUACAUUCAUGAUUAAGUACCUGCUAAACUAUGGUGAUUUGGUAGUCGUACACUCUUAACUAUCUUUACACACUAAUAUACUAUAUGCUCAUAAUCUCGGGCUCACUCUUCUACAGUCGAUUACGUCUGUACACAUGAUUCUGUUACAUUAAUUCUACAUUCGUCUUGACAUCUUGCGUGGUAAGCUAAGCUGUAAUGGAGUUUGCACUUAGCGAAAAGCCGAGAGCAGCGGCCAAUGGACAGACCACUGAAUGUAACGCUAAGUUGAUUCCAAYAGAGAGCAAUGUUAGCAAUAUGAGUCAAUGUAUAAAAAGAAUUAAGACAUCACAAGAGAGUGAAAUUUACUUAUAUAAUUCUGAAUAUUUAAAGACUAACUAUGAUAAAUAUAUCAGAGAUGAUUUUUUAUAUGCGUUUGGAGCAUUUUAUUGUGAUAAAGUUAUGACAAUUCCUCAUUUAGACCGCAUAUUGAAAACUGAAUGUUAUCAUCGUGAAACAGAAUUAAAAUAUARACAUUAUGAGUUUGCAACAUACAUGGAAAAUAUAAUAUCAUGGCUUGAUCUUAAAUUAAAAUACUUCAAUGGAGAAUCAUUAAAAUCUAAUGAAAAAAUGCAAGAACAGUUAUUCAAAACAAUUUAUAAUAGACAAAGUACAAAAAAUAAUUUACAUUGUAAAGAACUUGAUGAAAAUACAGGUUCUCAUGAACAAAAUAAUAAAUCAAGGUCUGUAGCUAAUUCUCAAAAUGAAAUAAUGACAUUGCCAGAUAUGACUACACUAAAAAAUGAAGAUUACCCUGGAAGUUUAACUAAUGAUCACAAGAUUGACAUUUUUAUGAAAAAUACUCAAAAUGAAUUAAUACUGCCAAAAAUAACUUCUCCCAAGCAUGAUUCCCAUGAAAAUUUAACUAAUAAUCACGAGAAAGGAAUUGMAAUGGUAAAUAAUGUUCAAAAUAAAAUAAUAACAUUACCAGAUGUAACUUCUCCAGAACAUGAUACUCUUGAAAAUUCAACUGAUUAUCACAAGAAAGGGAUUGAUAUGGUAAAUAAUAUUCAAAAUAAAAUAAUAACAUCGCCAGAUGUAACUUCUCCAGAACAUGAUACUCUUGAAAAUUCUACUGAUAAUCACAAGAAAGGGAUUGAUAUGGUAAAUAAUAUUCAAAAUAAAAUAAUAACAUCACCAGAUAUAUCUUCUCCAGAACAUGAUACUCUUGAAAAUUCAACUGAUAAUCACAAGAAAGGAAUUGAUAUGGUAAAUAAUACUCAAAUUAAAAUAGGAACAUGGUCAGAUGCAACUUUUUUAAAACAUGAUGUUCCUGAAAGUUCAAAUAAUGAUUACAAGACAGAAAUUUCUAUGAAAAAUAAUCAAAAUCAAAUAAUAGCAUCUCCAAGACAUAACUCUACAAUAAGUACAACUAAUGAUCAUGAGAAAAAAAUUGAUGAGAUCAAUUCAAAUGUGGUGAAUAUUUUACCAGUUGAUUCAAUAUUAACUGAGUCUCAAUUCAAAAAUUCAUUUAUUUCUGGUUGUGUGAAAGAAAACAUAUCAAACAACAUAAAAAAUAAUAAAAAUGACAAGGUUGUGAAUGAGGAUAAAUUGUAUUCAGCUCAGRCAAGCUCUAAUAGUGAAGAAACAUCAAAUAUGUGUUUGGAAACUUCUACAAAAUCUAUUAGAUGUACGCGGGCCAAUAAUAAGCAAACUAAUGAUAAAAUAAAUAAAACAUCUACAAAACUAUUAAAAAGAUCAAAUUCAGGAACAGAUUCUGAAAACAAAUCAAAAAAAAAGAAAACAGAAAAACCUUCUCCUAGUAAUGUGGAAAGAAAAAAUAAUAUCAAUAACAAUAAAAAUUCARUCAAGGUAUUAAAUGAAUCUAUAAAACAAGUUGGAAAAAAUGUGUACAGUCGAAAUAGUAAAGGAGAAACAAAAUUACAUUCAGCUUGUACCAAGGGAAAAUUAGAUUUGGUAACAUCAUUGCUUGAAGAUGGCUUCAAUCCUAAUGUUAAAGAUAAUGCUGGAUGGACACCUAUGCAUGAAGCUGUGAAAUCUGGAAAUUUAGAUAUUGUGAAAGAAUUGAUCAAGUUUGGUGCAUAUUUAAAUGUUCCUGGUUUUGAAUAUGAAAGCCCAUUAUAUACAGCUAUAAAGUAUGGUAAUUUUGAAAUUGCUAAAACAAUUCUAAAUUAUGGAGCCGAUGCAAAUUUUAUAAAUAUGUAUGGAGAUAAUGCGAGAUGUCUUAAUAWAGAAAAAUUAUCUGAGCUGUUGGAUAAUCUAGUUUUGUGUAAAUCAACACAAAUUUGCAAUUUUAACUAUAAAUUAGAUGAAACUGUCAUAGUCCUAAAUAAUGUUUCAUUGAAAAGUGCAACUGUGAACACAUUUUGUAAACAAUUCAAUAUUAAAUUAGUCAAAAGUAUCUUGAAAGAAAAGCAACCUUCUCAAGUUACUCACCUGAUUGUACCAAAAACAGAAAAUAAUACUUGUGAUGUUAAUUUAGAAUGUUUAACUGGCAUAGCAAAUGGAUUAUUUAUAAUUAAUGAAAACUGGAUUUCUGAUUCAUUAGACCAAAAUAAACUUAUGAAAUGUGAAAAUUACGAAGUCGGUGGAACAACAUUGUUUGCUGAUUGUAAUGGCCCAAAGAUAUCACGAAUAAGUAAACAAAAACUGUCUUUGCUGCUAACUCAAUCAACAGGCAAGAAGCCAAGAAUAAGAAUUGAGUAA